CCGCUAAACAAACUAGCAAAGUUUGAGUAAAGAUGUCUAAGAAGAGCGUGGAGAACAAAGUUGAUGGAGCUGUUAAUGGGAAAGGCAUUUCUCUCCCCGUCUCCCGUGUAAAAUUAAUAAUGAAGAGCUCUCCUGAUGUAUCCUGUAUUUAUCAGGACGCUCUGUUCUUGACCACGAAAGCGACGGAGCUUUUUGUUCAGCAUCUGGCUCUGACUUCAUAUAAUACAGGAUCUGGCAAAGAUGAUGGCACCCUGUCAUACAGUGAUCUGGCCAACACUGCAGAAGAGAUAGAGACUUUUCAAUUCCUUACAGAUAUUCUUCCAAAGAAAAUCUUGGCACGAGAUUAUCUCAAGUCACUGGAGGAAAUGGAAGAUGACGACAACUGAUUUUUAAAAAAUCAACCAAUUAUUACAAAGACCUGUUACAUCUGCAUUUUUAUUAAAUGUACAUAGUAAUAACAUGAUGAUGACAGAUAAACAUUCCUAACAUGAGUUUAGUAAUUCAUAUUCAGAACAAUUCACCCAAAUUUUCAUAGUUCUUUACAACUUUUAAAUGGCAACAUAGUUUGCUCUUUUCUAGUGUGAGUUAUAACACUUAGUGUUGGCCUAGUCACUGAUCUUGCUAAGACAUGUUUAGCACCAAACUACCAGUGAGGUUCUGUAAGAAACAAUGGCUUGUACAGACUGUCUGGUCAUAACUGGCUUAAAUUUACUAAAUCUCAGCUGCUUGAAAAGCAGUGUUGCUCAGGGUAUACACUUUAAUUAGGCAUUAAGGUGUCACUUUUUAAAAAUCACCCAUCUGUUAAGAACAUUUUGUUUUGUGUGUGUAUAGACUGUUUUCAAAUCAAUGUUGAUGAAAAUGACACUGAUAUACUACAGAUCUAAUUGCCUAGUGCUUCCACUAACAGUUAUAAUUAGAACUGUAUGUCAGUGUGUGCUGGCUGCUGCUCUAAUAUGGAGAGUGAAAACUUCAUCUGCUGGUAGAGCAGAGCUUCUCCUGUUUAAAUCAAUAACAUGCACUGAAAUUGCUAAUAUUUUUACUUGAAAUUUGUAUCAGAUUUGAAGAUGUGCAAAGUGUACUGUAUGAGUUUUGGUAUGUAUUUUGCAAUAAACAUUUG